CUGCUGGAAGGCGUAGAGGCUUGGAACGCCGCACGGGAUGAAGGAGUCUUUAGACCAGAGUUGUUUCGGCCGGAUUUUAGUGGCGCGAGGCUGACGUUCAUUUUCGACACUGCAGGAAAGCUAGAUGUUGAUGGGCACAUACCACUAGCCGGGGCCGACUUACGUUGGGCAGAUUUAUCAGACUGUGACUUAGGGAACGCUGAUUUGUCGGGCGCAGAUUUGACCAACGCCAACCUGCAUCGUGUGGACUUCAGGGGAGCGAUUCUUAGGAAAGCGCGAUUGCGUGGAGCGAACCUUGGAUACUCCAACCUUUCCGAAGCUGACCUCAGCUGUGCAGAGCUACAAUUCACAGAUUUAUCGGGAGCGACGCUUUGGGCAGCCGAUCUAUCCGACACCGACAUGCGAGGUGUAAAUCUUUCGGAAACGGACCUGACGGCGACAUCGCCCUGGCGCGCCAAUUUGUACCCCGAGCAUGUUGUUUCGCCUGGGCAGUACGAGGGAGAAUUGCUGCCCCUUAAAAGUGUCGCGGAUUUGUUGGGCGCAACAAAAACAUUAACAACCCACCAUCAGAAACAACGCGGAGGGGUACAGCUCUAUUUUCGCGGAGAGCCGAAAACAGGGUUUGAGUUAACCCCGUCGAUUCUGCGAGAUGGAUUCGCCCCUUUUGAAGGCACAAUGUUGCUGGCUUUUAUGUCCGAACGUCCUGAAGAGUUCAACAACCUGGGAUCGUCUCUAGAACAAUGGGUCGCUGCGCAGCAUCACGACCUUAAAACUCGUUUCCUGGACAUCUCCGGAAAUCCAUUGGUCGCACUUUUUUCGCCUGCGAAGCAACCCCAAAAUAUGACGCACAAGACGGCAGGUUGCACGUGUUCGCGGUGCAAAGCUCCCUUGUCAAACCAUUCAACAGUGACCUGGUAA